GAUAUCAGCGCUCUGCGCGCAACAGGACGCACUGAGGAGGAAUACACACGCUCUUCCGCUGCCAGAUCACAGUGAUUGAAAUUAAUUAUUGGAGACUUUUUUUUCUCUCUCUGAAAGGACACAUCUGUCAAAGAAAUGAGAGCGUGGCGGGUUCGGUUUCUGUAUUUUCUGGUGUUGAAUGCAGCUGUGCAGUAUGUGACGUCUCUGGAGGAAGAGCUCGCUGAUUCUAUUUUUGGUAACUUCCUCGACCCUCUGAAAGACCUGUUCAACCACAAGGAUGACAGCAAUCAAACUGUCGCCAAAUUCUCCCUCCGCAAACCAUCUCAUCCUGAUGAUGACCUGUGCUACAUCGUUCCCGGUGACCCUGACUCCCUGACAGCCUGCACCUUCAACAGCACCUCCAAAACCUUCCUAGUGAUCCACGGGUGGACGCUGAGUGGGUUGUUUGAAAGCUGGGUGGCGAAGCUGGUGUCAGCGCUGUACAACAGAGAGCAGACGGCCAACGUCAUUGUGGUGGACUGGCUCACCUCGGCACAGAACCACUAUGUGGUCGCAGCUCAGAACACCAAAGCAGUGGGACACGAGAUUGCUCGCUUCAUUGACUGGAUCGAGGAAACCACCAACAUGCCUCUGGAGAACAUCCAUCUGAUCGGCUACAGCCUCGGAGCUCAUGUGGCGGGAUUCGCUGGUAGCCAUGCAACCAAUAAAGUCGGAAGAAUUACUGGUCUGGACCCAGCUGGUCCUGACUUCGAGGGGGAGCAUGCUCACAGGCGUCUGUCCCCUGAUGAUGCUCACUUUGUGGACGUCCUCCACACUUUCACGCGAGGCUCCCUGGGGCUCAGCAUCGGGAUCCAGCAGCCUGUCGGCCAUGUGGACAUUUAUCCCAACGGAGGCAGCUUCCAGCCGGGCUGCAACCUCAGGGGGGCCCUGGAGAAGAUUGCUAACUUAGGGUUAUUUGCUAUCACCGAUGCAGUGAAGUGUGAACACGAGCGCUCGAUCCACCUUUUCAUCGACUCUCUGCUGAACGAGCGAGAAGCGGCCAAGGCCUACAGAUGUGGCAGCAACGACAUGUUUGACCGCGGCAUGUGUCUCAAUUGCCGCAAAAGCCGCUGCAACGCGGUGGGCUACGACAUCAGCAAGGUCCGCAAGGCGCGCAACGUUCAGAUGUACACCAAGACACGAGCCACCAUGCCUUUCAGAGUUUACCACUAUCAGCUGAAGAUCCACUUCUCCAGUAAGGUGAAUCGCUCAGAGAUGGAGCCGUCACUCACCGUCUCACUGUACGGAACAAAGGGAGAGACUGAAAACCUUGAGCUUAAACUGAAGGAGAAAAUAGCGACAAAUAGGACACAUUCAUUUCUGCUGGUGACGGAGAAAGAUAUCGGGGAUCUGUUGAUGGUGAAGUUCAAAUGGGAGGAGACAAACGGGUGGUCAGCAUCCAACAUGCUGAAGAUGGUUUCCUCGUGGUGGUCAGGUGACUCAGACAGUGCCGACAUGGAAGUUCACAAAAUUCGCAUCAGAGCUGGAGAGACCCAACAAAAGAUGGUGUUCUGUAUAAAAGAUCGUGAAGCUCUGAAAUUAGCACAAGAGGUCAUAUUUGUUAGAUGUAAGGAUGCGUGGAGGACAAACUCAAAACGAACUCCAAAAAGAGUAACUCUGAAAAACCACUGACAUCGACGUCACUGUUGAACGCCCUUCAGUCCAUUUCAGCACUUAAAAGUAAAUAAUUUAUAACUUAUUUUAUUCUUCAUGCGAUACAAAACUCUCACCGCCUUGUAUAUAUCCAUAGCAGUUUAUUUAAAACAAUAUUUGUGUGAAUGUUGUAAAGUAUUUUGUAAAUAUCUGUUUUUAUGACACGUAACUGUAACUCUGUUGCACAAAAAGUCAAUCUUUGGUGCGUGUUUUGUAUCCAAAGAGACAGACGCUCGUCACUUCAGAGCCUCACAAACUGAGAGGUGUGACUGACUGGAUUUGCCUUUACAGUUCUUGAGGUGCUGAUGUCCCAUUGUGUAAAAUACCUCAAGUUAAGUUUUGUGGUUAUAUAUUAGUGCUCACUGUGAAGAAUAAGACCUCUGUGUCCAUGGAGGUUUAAAUAAGCAACCUAAUCGCCAGAAAAAAUGUUAGAAUUGUAUGUUUCUGCAAACUACAGAUUUGUUAGUUUUGAAUCUUGUUAUGUUUCAGAUACACUCUACAAUUCAACAGUGCUGUGGUUAAUGUGUUGUACAAUUUGGGCGCAAAAACCACUUAGUUAUGGUUAGGAAAAGAUUAUGUUUUGGCUUAAAAUACCCAGCUUUGGUUGCAUAAUCUUGGCUAGAAAAGCAGCAAUGUCCCUUUAAAAAGAAUCGUUUUUUUGUGCCUCUGUCCCCGCCUGAAACUCAGCUGUGUCUCAGUAAAAAAAAAAAGUGCCUUUCAGUGUCGCAGUCCCCACUGGAAAAGCAGUGAUAACUCAGUUAAUACAAAUCUUUCCUGCUUCAGUUGUAGUUGAUAAGCAGUGAUACCUUGGUGCAAAACAACUGUCUUUCAUAGCGCUAUCCCUACUGGAAAAACAACUGGUUGCUACAAAAUACCCAAGUUUGGUGCCUAAAAAGCAGCUUAAAAAACAAAAACACACUAAAUCACAAAUGAUUUUAUAGUUUGUUGAUUUCGAACAGUGGCCUGCAGUUUGGCAGGUCUCGUCCCCUCCACUCCCCCGAUGACAAAGUCAGAUCAUAUAUGAGAAGUGCUGAUACAUGUAAAUGUAAUGUAUUCAUGGUUUGCAGAAAAAUACAAUGCUAAUAUUUUCUUCUGGGCUGCCAAAAGAGGAGAAAAAAUAACUUCUAAAACGAGUUUCUUAAGGUAUUUUAUGCAAUUGGGUCUGGUGUAUUUACCUUUAUGUAUUAUCUGACUAACAGAGCAUUCACCACUGUGGCUCACAGGGCUUUACGUGGCUGUGAGACCUGUAACAAUGUGCCUUACUGUAGCCAGAAGUAAGCUGUCUUACAAACUUGUCUUAACUUAGCUGUUUUUCACCUCAGUGUGCUUUAUUGUUGUUAUUCUAUGAACUCUGUGACUUUUACCGAGACAUCUGAACAUGCAAACAUUGUUUAAAACACUUUUUUACUGCUACACUUCUGCAAGAUGUUACUUUGAAGCUGUUACCUCAAAGAAGCACCUGUCAUAAUGUCUACCAUAGUUUUAUUAAAGUACAGUCAAUAUCAAUGUUGUCCUUUUGUUUUACAGUCUCUUUGACUGCACUUUCUUCUGUGCAUAUGACUUUUUAAAUCUUAACUAAAGCUCUUUUACUCAUCACACCCCUGGCUCUUUAGAGAUCGGUACUGUAAUCAUUGUGACUUCAUUUCCACUGACUUUAAAAAUGUGGAGAUAUUUUAAAUUUGCACUGAAAACAGGAGAAGAGAUUGCUAAACCAAGUUACUUGUACAGUUAUGUAAAUACCAGGUGAUAGAUUUUGCAGUAUGGGACACUGUUAGUUGUUUUUACCUUUUGAUGAAUUUAAUCUGUAAAACAUGCAUUUCUAUAAUCUUUUGUACAUAUUUGUAAAUACUCGUUGUACUGUGUAAAUUCUUUAAUAAACCAAAAUUACUAUCUGAAAGGUCAUCCUGAGCCUGACUUUUAUUUUCUAACUUUGUUUUUUAUGCUAAACUUACUCAAUCAUGAAAAUGUUCUUUUGUUAUCGCUUGGGUUUACCAGCUCAAGGUUUUUGUUUUUUUUAAUCAUUUUCUUAUUUAUUAUCAGGACAAAAACCAGUGUGUGAUUCAAACAUUUUUAACAGUUUAAACAGAUUUUGAUACAAAAGCGCAAGGCAUUGUUAAAUUAUACAAAAUAAGCUGUGUGAUUUCUUCACGUCCUUGUAGUUGUGACGCCAUUGUGUUUGGCUCAGUGUGUCAAGGUGACCCAGGAGAUAGACCCGAUCAAGAUACUUCAGAAAAAAGUGAAGAGAGCUUUUGAUAAGUUAUGACAAUCAUUGGUGGAGGAAGUGUUCAGAUCAUUUACUUGAAUAAAAGAACAACAAUCUAACAGUACUCAAGUUAAAAUUCUGCCAUUAAAAUAUUACCUAAGUACGCACACAGGUACCAGUUAAACAUAUAUAUAAAAAUUAGUUUUAACUACUUAAGACAUCACUAAGUUUUCUGUUUUUACUGACCCUUUGUGGUAUUUCCCAGCAGUGUUUGAGCUACAAACCCCACGUUUUUCAUCAACCCGUCCCUGCUUUUCCAGUGACUUUUGUGCCACCUGAUUUUACGCCUAAACACAAUCUUUUCCUAAACAUAACCAAGUGGUUUUAGUGUCUAAACCAAACUACACAUUCACAACAGUGCUGUUGACAAAUGUAACAUAUCUAAAACAUUUGUUCGGGCAGUUGGGUUGUCUAACAGCAUGGAGUGUUAAUUUUCAGAGAAAAAGGACUACGGAGCAAUGGGCGAGUGUUUUUGGGAUAUUGGGCUGUCAGAUAAAAUGGGUUAUCCAAUGGGAUACUGUUAGGACUAACAAGGCUUCAGAAUUGUGUGAGUUGGAACAUAAAAGCAUUUAAGUUGUACACUAGUACUUCUUGAGAUGACAAACACGUUCACGGUCGCUUUAUUAGCGGUGUAAACUUUAAAAUUUAAGUGACAAUAUUUCGGCCAAAUGACCUGUCAAGACGUCCAUCAGUUUCCGCUUGUUUUUUUCACUCUCACUCCGAUGAUAUUAAAGUUGGUGAAGUCUCACUGUGAUUGAAAGCUGUGUAGUCAUUUAUAAAAGUAUUGCACACACAAAAUGACCAUUUGCAAAUCGGUUAGUCAAACUGUGUUACCUCGAACUCGUGCAGCAUAAUCCAAGCCUUGUUUAUUCAGUCGUAUGCUCAGUACUCCCCAAACACAUGCAUAUUCACUCAAAUUCUUCCACAAGUGAAACUUAUCUAUACUCUCUUCAAAGCAAGACUCCAAAAUGAAGUACUGAGUAUAUGACUGGAUAAAUGAGACUUGGAUUAAACUGCAUGUUGUCAGAGAGUUUGUAAAUGUAUAUUUUAAUAUAAUUUUUUUGUCGUUUAACCCAAUCAAUCAAUAAAUCAAAAUGCUCGCCAUUUUCAUUGGAUGAAUUCAAGAAAAGCAGUUUUCUCCACAAAUUCCAGGUAACGCAGCAUGAGUAAUUGGUUUAUAAAUGUGCAUUUUCUGGGUGGAGAAUUGCUUUAAGGCUGAAAUUAGCGCUCAAGUUCAAACAUAAAAGUCAGGAUGCUGCAGGGCAAAACAAGAGAGUCUCUCAAGUCUUUGCAGGGGCAGGUGUCUUUAAAUUACUGUUGCGUUAAUGCUAUGUGGACCUAAAGGG